AUGAGUUGCUUUUCCGACAUGGAGGAGCUUGAGGGCAUUGCCUUCUUCUCCCCAGUGGCCCGCGAGCUUGCUGAGAAGAAAGUGCUGCAGCAGCGCCACGAAGACGAGCUCAAGCGCCAAGAGGAAGAGCAGCAGCGCCUGGCGGAAGAAGCUGCAAAGCGCGAGAAGGCUGAGCGGAUUGAGGCUCGCCGGCUCAAAGCCGAGCAGCGGCUGCAAGAGCUUGCACAGCGACGCGCAGAGGAAGAAAACCAAGAGGCCGAGCGGCUGCGCCAGCUGCAGAUACAACAAAAGCAAGAGGAAGCGGAACGCAAGAAGCAAGAGGAAGAAGAACGAAAGCGCCAGGAGGAAGCCGAGCGCAGGCGACAGGAGCAGCUCAGAAAGGAGCAAGAAGAGGCCGAGCGUGAGCGACAGCGCAAGCUGGAAGAAGAGCGCGAAGAGAAAAAGCGCCAGCGGCUUCAGCACCAGCGCGAGCAGGAGAUUGCUGCAGAGAAGCGGUGGCUGAAGAUUCAGGCCGAGUCUGGGAACAUCAAGGUGACGAAGAAGGAUGGUGUGUUUGUCGUCACGUCGCUCAAGCCGACUGUCACCGUUGAUGACACCAUGUUCACCUGGCUCUCCCAAGCACGCGACCUCGAGGGCGUUCCGUACGAUGUUGUGGAGACGAAGCGGGAGGAGGACGAGGCGCCCAAGCCGCGGGCGCUGCUUGCACCGCGCAAACCGGGACCAGAGGGCAUCAUUGCCGACCGCGAACGCCUCAAGCGCAUGCAGAAGGACAAGGAGAACGCAAACAAAGCGCUGCUUGAGUACGAGGCGCGUGACGACGAGCAGCUUCGGCGUGGGCUCGGUGACAUCCUGUCUGGCCUUGAUGGCCCGCACCGCCACGCCGCCCUGCUUGAUCUGUACACGCUGCACGCCGCCAUGAUUGCGCUGCACGGUGUGGACGGAUACGAGAAGCACCUCAAGGACCCAAACCUCAACGCCAACAUGGCCAAAGUGCCCGACCUGAUGCACGAGAUCCUCGAGGAGGCGCCUGGGAACAUCUUUGCAAUGGCCAUUCUUGGCAUGAUGCAAUUUGCGGGCGAGGCUGUCCUGCGCCAUCGCGUCGCGAACAUGAACAUCAUCCCACACGACUACGAGGAAUGGGUUGGCUGGAUGGUUGGCUCGCGCCUGUUCUUCGAGUACCUUGAGUGGUGGAACACUGCGCCGGAGAACGAGCAGCCCGACACGCCCUGGACCCUUCGCGACGAGGAGCGCAUGCUGGCCGUGCCUGUUCCCGACAACGUGAAGACGGGCGCAAAGGAAAAGAUGACACAACUCAUCAGCGCCUAUCUCGCGCCAGGCCUGGUCCAGCGCAUCAUGCCCGACCUGAUGGCAAAGCUCCCACUUGCGUACUGCCGCCUGGACAAGACGCAGGACGAGCUGGAGAAGAUGCUGCGCGACUUUUCCGAGGACGAGGAGUUUGGGUUUGAUGCGUCCGACUCCACCCCGGAGGGCAUGGGGUACAAGUGGGAGCGGCAGCAGUAUCUGCUCAAGGAGGCCGAGCGCACCGCACACGAUGCCCGCCGCAACGUCGAAGACCUUCGCGUCGACCUCGAGGCAGCGCAAGCGUUUGUGGAGACGUCGACGAAGCGCAAGCAGGACCUUGAGGAGAAGGUGGAGGACCUCAAGACGCAGGAGGACGCGCUGCGCAAGGAGCAGAAGGAGCUGCGGGAAGCCAUCGACCGCCUCUCCGCACAGCUCUGA